AAGACACUGUUACUUGCAGAACCUGCCAAGCCUCAGUGGCCUCUCCCAGCUUGUAUACCUACGCUUGCUUGAUUGCAAUCUUACAGAUGAAUUGAUAAAGGUUAUGGAUCUUGGGAGUCUAUCUUCUUUGAAAUUGUUGCGUCUAGAUGAUAACAGUUUCAGUAACCUUACAAGCCUCCGCAGCCUUUCUAAGCUUGUCAAUCUAAGUUUGAGAAGUUGUAAAAACCUUGUUGCAAUCCCAGAUUUACCAACAAGUCUGAAGAACCUCUGUUCCUCCAACUGCACUGCAUUGGAAAUAAUGCCCGACUUUUCAGACAUGUCCCAUAUGAGACAGAUGUUUCUAAAAUAUAAACAGAUGUGCCAAUCUCGUUGAGGUUCCAGGCUUGGAUUAAACUAUGAAAAGCUCCAUGAGGCUGCUUGUAAUGGAAGGGUGCAUCAAAAUCACUGCUACUUUCAAGGAGAAAAUUCUACAGGGAUGGAAUUUCAUAGGACCUGGUGGCAUAUAUUUCCCAAGGAAUGAUAUUCUGAAGUGGUUGACGUGGGCCAAUGAUGGUGCCACAGUCAAUUUUCAAGUACCUCAAAUUAGCAACUGUAAUGUAAUAGCGUUGACUGUCUGCUUCACUCUUCUGGACAACGGUGUAGAUCAAGGUCGUCUUUUUCCUGAUACCUUAGGGCUAUGGGUUACAAAUCAUACCAAGCGCACUAGCUUCUUCAACCAUUCAGAGAAUUAUUUUGAAGAAUCUUCCAGGUUAUGCGAGUAUCUUUGGCUAGGACAUAUUUCACACAAUAAGUUCAAUUCCGAAGGCGGUGACUUGGUUGAAGUGUUUGUAAGAGUUCAAUCCGAGUAUGUUAAGGUGGAGAAAACAGGGGUCAGUCUUGUAUGGGAUACCAAACAGGCUGAUUUUAGAGUUGCUACUCACAGGGAAGAUUGGAUAUUUUAUUCUUGUAAAUUUGCAUGUUAGAGACAAUUAUAUAAUGGAACGCAGGCCUUGCUGAUAAUAUAUUGAGAACUCAUCUUACGAGAAUCGACCUCUGACAAGAUUCAGGCAUGACCAGAAGCCAUGUAUGAACCGAAGAGACCCAUUUGAUUUGGAUUUGAUCAGGGGUUUUUCAUGUAAUGCAAUAGGUCAUUCCUUCUGAUAUAUGUAUGAAAGAGAUCUUAGCAAAGACUUAUUAUGCAUAAAAAUAAAUAAAUUAGAAAC